UCUCUACAAAUUUGUGUUAUAUAUUUACAUAGUUUCUAUGAUAUUUCUUUGCAUAUUAUUUGCUUAAAUUUGCAUCAAGUGAAAAUUAUUGGCAAUGCAGAAUGAAAAGAAAACAGAGUUCAGCCAUGAUAUCAACAUGUAUCAGGACGGCAAAGAUAGAAACGACUCGGAUUCCUUGAGCUCCGAUUCAGCGGAGGAGGUAAACAAGCACAGGAAUGUGAAAACCACUGAGAGUCAGCCCAGCAAACCCAUCGAAAUAGCGUUUGUGGCGCUCUCUUUCGUACUGAUGUUCAUCACGUUUCCCAUCUCGAUAUUCAUGUGCUUGAUCAUUCUGCAGGAGUAUCAGCGGGCCGUGAUAUUGCGGUUGGGCCGCUUGCGCCCGGGCGGUGCACGUGGCCCUGGCAUGGUGUUUGUUCUGCCCUGCGUUGAUCGAUAUCGCAAGAUCGAUCUGCGCACCACAUCUCUCGACGUGGCACCACAGGACAUACUCACCAAGGACUCGGUGACCAUCAGCGUGGAUGCUGUACUCUAUUACCGUGUCAGGAAUCCACUUGACGUCGUGCUGCAAGUGAUGGACCCCGAAAGCUGCUGUGAGCUGUUGGCCAUGACAACGCUCAGGAAUAUCACCGGCGGGUACAUGCUCAUCGAGCUGGUCAGCUCCAAAAAGGCCCUGUCCAGGGAAAUUAAGGCCGCACUCGAUUCCACGGGCGCCACGGAAGCAUGGGGCAUUCGCAUUGAACGUGUCGAAAUCACCGAUAUUUAUAUGCCGGAGUCGCUGCAACGUGCCAUGGCCGUGGAGCAGGAGGCACGCCGCGAGGCAAUGGCCAAGGUAGCUGCUGCAAAUGGAGAACGCGAUGCAGUCAAGGCACUGAAGGAGGCCGCCGACAUCAUGGAAUCGAAUCCCAUAGCACUGCAGCUGCGCUAUCUGCAAACACUCAAUACGAUUGCAAACGAGGAGACGCAGUCCAUUGUCUUUCCCUUCCCCAUCGAUAUUAUGCAGAAGCUAAUUAAGUGAACAGAUCCUGAGCUGCACAAAUGAACUUUGAAGUAAACUUCUUUUC